AUGGCCACCGCCUUGGGCGGACAGGACCCCUUCACCAUGCCCAUGAGCAUCGUGAUCAAGGAUCACUUGAAGUACGCCCGGGCCAUCAUGCGCUCAGCGGAGACCCGGUGGCAUUUCGACCAAGGCGCCCUCAGUGAGCCGGGGCCUCGACCGGCACGGAUCCGGACGUUGCUAUGGGUGUGUGCAAGGAAUCGGACCCCUUUGGGCUAA